AUGUCCAACGGAACAGCUAUUAAAAAAAGAAGUAAAAGGAAAAGACAUUUUCCCUCCGAUGGGCACACCAAAGGUGACUCUGAGAAUGUGAAGACGGACUCUUCGUUCGGGGGUGUUUCUCCAGGUCUGGACCCUCUUACAGAGAGCAUUGAUAAUGGAGUCCUCUAUCUGAACCCUCAGACACCAAACUGGUCUCUGGUGGAAAGGUUUGCUGAGCUUUCACCAGCAGGUCGAGCAGAGAAAGAUGAUGAAGAAGCCUACAGCAGAGCCUUGCUACACUGCACUACGCACUCUGAGACUAACAAUGUGCUGCUGGAUGCGCUGCAGCAGAGAGAAAGAAACUACCUCAAACACUUAAAAAGCCAAAGUGACAUCCCAGCCAGACAGAGGACAUCUAACCUCAAAGAGCUCAAAUUUGAGGAGUAUUCUCUAGACGAGUUUGGGAUUAUGAUUAAAAAGGAGAGUGGAAACCAUCCGUCUGUGAAGAAUACACUUCAGAAGAGUAAAGAUGACAAAGUGCCUCGACUUCUAGCUGCAAUGAAGAAACGGGGUGCAGUCGACACCGAGGACCGUCCCUUCAAAUGUCCACACUGCCACUGGGCUUUCAAGAAGCUCUGCAACCUGCAGAGUCAUCUGCAAACCCACACUGGCCUGAAGCCACAUGUGUGUGAUAUAUGUGGUAAGGCUUACUCUCACCAGGGUACGCUGCAGCAGCACAAGCGCCUGCACACGGGUGAGAGACCUUAUCACUGCCCCUUCUGUGUGAAAACAUAUAUCUGGUCCUCAGAUUACCGCAAGCAUAUCCGCACACACACUGGUGAGAAGCCCUACAUCUGUGAAACUUGUGGUAAGGAUUUCAUCCGCUCCUCUGACCUCCGGAAGCAUGAAAGGAACAUGCACACCAACAACAAGCCGUUCCCAUGCACGCACUGCGGCAAGACCUUCAAUAAACCCCUCGCCCUGAAGCGUCACGAGCGAAAGCACCUGGGGGAACGACCCUUCUCCUGCCCUGACUGCGGGAAGUCGUUCGCCCUGGCCAGCCGCAUGGCCGAGCACCAGAAGAUCCACCGAGGAGUGCGUCCAUACGUCUGCUCCGUGUGCUCUAAAAGUUUCACCAAAUCCUCCAACCUAACAGAGCACGAGGCCAUUCACAGUGGCGUGCGGCCCCACAAAUGUUCAGAGUGCGGCGUGGCGUUUGCCAUGGCUUCCCGCCUGGUUCGCCACCAGUUCAUCCACAAUAAACAGAAGCUUCACAGCUGCACGGUGUGCAGCAAGAACUUCUCCCACAUAGCACAACUUCAGCUUCACCAGGAGCAAAGCUGCGCUGGGAGGAUCUUUGUCUGCGUGGAGUGUGGCAAGUCUUUCCAGUGCGCCACAAAGCUCGCGCAGCAUGUGUUAAAACACAGCGAGAAGAGUGUGUGA